UUUGCUACGGUCUAUAAAGCAAGGGAUAAGAACACCAACCGAAUCGUGGCUAUUAAAAAGAUUAAACUGGGACACAGAUCAGAAGCUAAAGAUGGAAUCAACAGAACAGCACUCAGGGAAAUAAAAUUGUUACAGGAGCUAAGCCAUCCAAAUAUUAUUGGUCUUCUAGAUGCAUUUGGACACAAGUCCAAUAUUAGUUUGGUGUUUGACUUUAUGGAAACAGAUCUCGAGGUUAUUAUAAAGGAUACUGGUAUUGUAUUGACUCAAUCUCACAUCAAGGCAUAUAUGCUGAUGACGCUUCAAGGAUUAGAAUAUUUACAUCAGCACUGGAUUCUACACAGGGAUCUUAAACCAAAUAAUUUGUUGGUAGAUGAAAAUGGGGUUUUAAAACUGGCUGAUUUUGGCUUGGCAAAAUCUUUUGGAAGCCCAAAUAGAGUUUAUACCCAUCAGGUAGUAACAAGGUGGUACCGAGCCCCAGAACUAUUGUUUGGUGCUAGGAUGUAUGGCGUUGGUGUAGAUAUGUGGGCUGUUGGUUGUAUUUUAGCUGAGCUGCUCCUCAGGGUUCCUUUUUUACCUGGAGACUCUGAUCUUGACCAGCUGACAAGGAUAUUUGAAACACUGGGCACUCCAACAGAAGAACAGUGGCCUGGGAUGACGAGUCUACCUGAUUAUGUCACAUUUAAGCCUUUCCCUGGACUGCCACUUCAACAUAUCUUCAGUGCAGCUGGUGAUGACUUGCUCAGUCUUCUUCAAGGUUUAUUCACAUUUGAUCCAUGUACUAGGAUUACAGCUACUCAGGCAUUGAAACAGAAUUAUUUCAGUAACCGACCACCACCCACUCCAGGAAAUCUGCUGCCAAGACCCAGCUGUCCUGCAGAAGCUGUAAAGGAGCAACAGAAUACACUUUUAAACUUAAAAAGGAAAAGAACAGAAGGAGUAGAUCAAGGAUUACCAAAAAAAUUGAUUUUUUGAUUGCUGUGGAUGGUGGAUGAAAAUGAGUGAAAAUGGCCUGAGUCCCAACCUUUGAAAAAACGCUGUAACAGUCACUGGAUCGUUAUUUUGUAAUAUUUUUAUAUGUAAAAUGUGAAUUUAGUAUUUCCUUACUGAAACUAAGGUUUCAUUAA